GCUGAGCAAUUAACAUUCGUUGUCUCCUUGUGGUUCCUGAUUAGGGUAAAUCUCGACGACGACGACUGCGAGAAUAAUUUCGGGAAAAGGAAAAUCCGAAUUCUCCGUCGAGAGAUAUGGGGCUAGGAUUAGCGAUUGGAGUUUUUGGCGUCCUGAUUCUCGCUCAUGCUGCUUAUUCCACGAUUCAGUAUAGAGGAUUGUUGAAGAUCAUGGAGGAGGAAUUUUCUGGCCCGCCCAUGAACGUCGUAUUGGAAUUGAUUAUCGGGCUGAUUCUGUGUAUGUGGGCUGCUUUAACUGUUCCUGGGAAAUUUCUGUCUAUUCAUCCGGAUUCCGAGGAGAACAGGGUGGUUUCUCUCUCGGACAACUUGGAUUUCAUGAUCUUCAAUCACCGUGGUCAACUGUUCCCACCGGAGAUUGAGAUGAAGCUGAAAUUUUGAUGAUACGGUAAGGCCUAUGAAAGAUUCUUGAUGUACCUGUGCUAGAGGAGUCUUCCUGAAACUCAGGAAUCCGAUUGUUUGGAGUUUCGGAAUCGUUGCCAUUUGGAUUCCCAUUGCAUGAAUAGUUCUCUGAUGUUUUUGUUUUCUGACUAAUGCCCACAAGAAAUCAAAUCCGGUUCUAUCUAAACCGUUUGGUGAAA